GGCGGAGCUGGUUAUUUGAAAGUGGCGGGCAGUCUUUCUUUAGAAAAACAGCGAUUCACGGAUUUUAAUGACAGAAACGGUUAACGAAGUCUGUCUUUACAUAAAAUAGCAGUCUCGUGGGAGUGCGAUUAAAUUUAUUCGAGUUUGUGUAAAAAGGAACUUUUAUUGAGCUUUACUCCUCGAGUACGAUAACAACAGAUUACAGCGUUGAAGGAUGACUAAGGAGGAUGAGAAGGUAAUUCCUGUGAGGGUUGUGAUGAGAUGCCGGCCUUUGGUUUCCAAAGAGAUCAAUGAAGGAUGUCAGUGCUGUCUCACUUUUGUUCCCGGUGAACCUCAGGUGAUCGUGGGAAAUGACAAGGCUUUCACCUAUGAUUAUGUCUUUGACCCCACAACAGAGCAGGAGGAAGUAUUUAACACUGCUGUGUCUCCAUUAUUGUCAGGGCUUUUUAGAGGUUAUAAUGCCACCGUUUUGGCCUAUGGGCAGACAGGGUCAGGGAAGACAUUCUCUAUGGGUGGCACAUACACAUCAGAACAAGAGAACGAGUCCACGGUUGGGGUUAUCCCACGAGUGAUACGAAGAAUCUUUCAAGAAAAGUCUAAAUGUGCAGACUGUGAAUUUUUGUUGGCUGUAUCUUACCUUGAGAUUUACAAUGAAGAGAUACUGGACCUGCUGUGCACAUCAAAGGACAAACCCAUCAUCAGUAUCAGAGAGGAUCCUAAAGAUGGCAUCAAAAUUGUUGGGCUGACAGAAAAGGAAGUGUUCACUGCUCACGAGAUGGUGGGUUGUCUUGAGUUGGGAAACUCUGCACGAACAGUGGGUUCAACAGCCAUGAAUGCAGCCUCAUCUCGCUCACAUGCCAUCUUUACCAUAUCACUGGAGCAGCGACGCAAAGGAGACAAGAGUGAUGUCAUGGUCUCCAAAUUGCACUUGGUGGAUCUCGCUGGAUCUGAGAGACAAAAAAAAACUAAAGCAGAGGGAGAUCGACUCAAAGAGGGAAUCAGCAUUAACCGUGGACUGCUUUCUCUGGGGAAUGUGAUCAGUGCACUUGGUGAUGAAAGCAAGAAGGGAUCCUUUGUGCCAUACAGGGAUUCCAAACUGACACGCCUCUUACAGGACUCUCUCGGAGGAAACAGCCAUACCUUGAUGAUUGCGUGUGUAAGUCCAGCAGACUCCAACAUUGAGGAGACUAUCAACACGUUGCGCUAUGCUGACCGUGCCCGUAAAAUUAAGAAUAAGCCAAUUCUCAAUGUCGAUCCACGUGCAGUAGAAAUGAAGCGACUCAGACAGCAGGUGCAAGAGCUUCAGGUGAUGCUCCUGCAUGCCCGUGGAGGUGUUGCACCUGUGCUGACAGGGUCUGAGCCAGCAGAGAAUGUGUCAAACAUCCUGGAGCAGAAUCGCUGUCUGCAAGGUGAAAACAGCAAGCUGAGCCGAGAGCUGAGUGAGGCUGUAGGACAGACGACUCUUAUGUUUGAAAGGAUCAUCAUGAUGGAGCAGACAAAUGAGAAACUGCAAAGCAAACUGGAGGAGUUGAGGCAGCAUGCAGCGUGUAAGGUGGACCUACAGAAGCUGGUGGAAACCCUGGAAGACCAGGAAUUGAAGGAGAAUAUAGAGGUGAUCCGGAACCUUCAACAGCUUAUCCUAGAACUGCAGAACGAGAGUGCAGGGAUUGCUGCCACCAUUGAUGCGAUGACUUCAGGCAGUCCUUCAGCUCUGGAGGUACACACAGGGUGUUCUGCUAGUGGCCCACCAGUGGUAUGUAUUCAGUGUUGGGCUAUGAAGUCCCAGCGGGUGCAGCUCAUGAGACAGAUGAAAGAAGACUCUGAGAAGUUUCGUUUGUGGAAGCAAAAAAAAGAUAAAGAAGUUCUGCAGCUCAAAGAGAAAGAUCGUAAACGUCAGUAUGAGAUGCUAAAACUGGAGAGAGACUUCCAGAAACAGGCCAGUGUACUCCGUCGCAAGACAGAGGAGGCUGCUGCUGCUAACAAGCGUCUGAAAGAUGCUCUACAGAAGAGGAGUGAAGUUGCAGAGAAACGCAAAGAAGUCCAGAACCGUGGAGCAGAGGGUGUCAGCAGUAGAAUCAAGAAUUGGUUGCUGAAUGAAGUAGAAGUGCUUGUGAGCACAGAAGAGGCCCGCCGGCAUCUACAGGACCUGCUGGAGGACAGGAAGAUGCUAGCAGAGGAGAUUUCUCAGCUUCGGCAGCAGAUGGAGGCAGGAGAGAGACCUGUAGCCAAAGUUCGGCGUCGUACACUGACAAUUUCAGAGUUGGAAGGCCAGGGUGAGCUGGAGGCCUCUAUCAGCAAGCAAGUGGAGAGUCUAGAGACAGAGAUGGGGCUCAGGAGUGCUCAGAUAGCUGAUCUGCAACAGAAGGUCCUGGAUGCGGAUAAUGAUGGACGGAUAAAGCAGCGCUGGGAUUCUAUCACAACCAUCGUAGAGGCCAAGAGCGCCCUGAAGAUUCUCAUGGCUGAGGUUGUAGCCUCCAAGGUGGCCAAUGCCAAGCUGGAAAGUGAGCUGAAGCAGGAAAAGGCAAAUCUGCUGGAUAUGCAGAAGAUCUUGUGUGAUGAGCGCAAGCUCAUGUCUUCCAUGGAUAUGGAACAUCAGAGUCAACUGGUAGAAAUGGAGCAGAGACACCAGGAGAAGGUGCUGUAUCUCCUCGGUCAGCUCCAGAGUAAGCCUGUGGCACAGGAGAAACUAAAGGAGCAGCAGGAGGAGGUGUCUAAACGGGAGCACGAGCUAAUGCAGCGUCUAAAAUUUCAGGAAGAGGAAAUUGAAAAACUGCGAAAACUCAAUGAUCAGAACCAGAAACUCAUGGAUGAAAAUGAACAGUACAAGCAGAAAUUACUUCUGGCCCAGCUGACCAGUGCAAAGAAAGUCCUGUCUUCUGUGAAUGAGUCACCUGAUACAUCUUUUGAAUAUGUUCCACCUAAGGUGAACCUCCUCUUCUCCAAGCCCAAAGCCAAAACCUACUCCACUGCUCGGGCACGUCUGCAAGAGCCUAUAGAUCUUGAUGAACUCAUCAACUCCCUUGAUGAACCGUCAGAGUCAGAGAAAGAAGAGGAUGAGUGGCGUCCAGAGAAAAGCGACAGAGCACGACGAGGCUCUAAGAAGUCAAAAAUGAACGGCUGUGCAUGUCGGGGCCGCUGUGUUAAUAAACUUUGUCGCUGCCGCAAGGGAAAAAUGACCUGUGGGGAAAACUGUCUCUGUGACCAUGAGAAAUGUCGCAACAUGGAGAACCGUAGCAAUGUGGAUCAGACUGAAAUAAGUGAUGUGUCUAAGGACUCUGCUGCAAUUCCUGAGGACCCUACAGCAGUCAGCCCACGAGAUGCUACUUUUUUUAGACCCCCUAGUGUUCCACCUACUAAGAAGGAAAUUGGAGACAUAGGCCACCUGCCUGCAGAUCUGAAGCUUGAAAAGAAACCAGUCCCUGCUGACAACGAGAGUGACAGCGAUGACUCUGAAGUGAUGAACAGCACUUCCAGCUUUCUCCGGAGUAAAAAGAGAGGUCUAAAUAACUUCAAAAACAGCUUUUUCUCUGGCUGCACACCCAUCCGUGAAGAACAUUAGCAUUAAAGUAGUAGAAUGUGAUAUAUAAAUACUUGCUAACUUGUCUCUUUUUUUUUCAUGUGGUUUAAAUGUAUGCAUUUGUUUAAAUUGGUAAUUGUAAUAUAGGUUUGUAAUAAUGGUUAAUGCACUAACAAUAUGAACUGCUCAUGUCAUUGGUUAUUUUAUAGUCUCUUAAGCAAAAUAGCUGUAUGACAUUUGAAAGUCAGGGUUGUAGAUGUUAUUUCUAUUAA